UCCGGUGGUGGGAAAGUGAACGAAUCCCUGUUUCGAGCGGCGCGUUCUGAGGCAGGUCGGCUACUUGCGGAAGAGGAAGGCCAGCUACGGCACAGCGUCUGAGUCGGAGCCCGGCGGAUCAGCAACUACAGAGGCAGGCAGUGGCAAAGAGGGAAUGGUGCGGGGACGCGCCGAGAAGGAGGCGCAGUCCGUGCCCCUCAGGGUUAGUGAAUGAGGCGCUCUGCCCGGGCCGGCCCGGGGACCGUGAGCUGCGGGUCCCAGCAUGAGUGCGGGCCCCGGCUGUGAGCCCUGCACCAAACGACCCCGGUGGGGCACCGCUGCUGCUUCUCCGGCGGCCUCGGACUCCCGGAGCUUCCCUGGCAGGCAGAGGCGCGUCCUCGACGCCAAGGACGCUUCCGUGCAUUUCAGGGUCCCGCCAUCCUCUCCAGGCUUUGUUCCGGGGCGGGCGGGGCCGCACCGAGGCAGCACCACUUCGCUUGUUUUCAAGCAAAAGACUAUUACCAGUUGGAUGGACACUAAGGAGAUCAAGACAACCGAAUCAGAAAGUUUGCAUAGUAAACAAAACAAUAAUACAAGAAUAGAAUCCAUGAUGAGUUCUGUACAGAAAGAUAACUUUUACCAACGUAAUGUGGAAAAAUUAGAAAGUGUUUCUCAACUAAGUCUUGAUAAAUCACCUGUUGAGAAAAGGACACAGUAUUUGAACCAGCAUCAGACUACAGUGAUGUGUAAGUGGCAGAAAGAAGAGAAAAAUACAGAACAGCUUUUGGAAAGUGAACCUGCAACAGUGACUUUGAUGCCAGAGCAGUUCACUAAUGCUAACAUUGAGCAAUGCUCCCACACUGGUGGUCACAGUGACACAGAUGGUGAAGAAAGCAGAGAUAAUCAACAAUUCCUGACACCCAUAAAGCUUGUGAAUGCAAAACAGACGACAAGUGAACAGGCCAGAGAAGCCAGAAGCCACCAGAAGGACUGCACAUCCUGUUACCCUGGGGACGACUGUACAGGUUGUCAGCAGGAGGAGACAGAUGUGGUACCAGAGAGUCCAUUGUCAGAUGUUGGCUCUGAGGAUGUUGGAACUGAACCAAAAAAUGACGACAAAUUAAGUAGACAAGAAAGUAGCCUAGGAAAUUCUCCAUUUGAGAAGGAAAGUGAACCUGAGUCACCAAUGGAUGUAGAUAAUUCCAAAAAUAGUUGUCAAGAUUCAGAAGCAGAUGAGGAGACAAGUCCAGGUUUUGAUGAACAGGAAGAUGGAAGUUCCUCCCAAGUAGCCAACAAACCUUCCAAGUUGCAAGCAAAAGAAGCUGACAAUGAACUUAAGAAGCAGUACUCUGCUAAGGGAGGUGAAAUUAGAUUACAUUUUCAAUUUGAAGGAGGGGAGAGUAGCCCUGGGGUGAGUGAUUUAAAUGUCAGACCACCUGGGAAUACUUCUACACUUAAUGUAGAAUGCAGAAAUUCCAAGCAGCAUGGAAAAAGGGACUCUAAGAUCACCGACCACUUCAUGAGAAUGACAAAAGCAGAGGACAGAAGAAAAGAACAAAGUGAAAUCAGACAUCAAAGAACAGAAAGGAAGAUGCCUAAAUACGUUCCACCUCACCUUUCUCCAGAUAAGAAGUGGCUGGGAACUCCCCUUGAGGAGAUGCAAAGGAUGCCUCGGUGUGGGAGCCGGCUGCCUCUUUUGAGACCGUCUGCCAAUCACACAGUGACUAUUCGGGUAGAUCUUUUGCGAGCAGGAGAAGUUCCUAAGCCUUUUCCUACACAUUACAAAGACCUAUGGGAUAACAAACAUGUCAAAAUGCCUUGCUCUGAACAAAACUUGUACCCUGUAGAAGAUGAGAAUGGUGAACGAACUGCAGGGAGCCGGUGGGAGCUUAUUCAGACUGCCCUUCUCAACAAAUUCACUCGACCCCAAAACCUAAAGGAUGCUAUUCUGAAAUACAAUGUGGCAUAUUCUAAGAAAUGGGACUUUACAGCCUUGGUUGAUUUCUGCGAUAAGAUACUUGAGGAGGCGGAAGCCCAGCAUUUGUAUCAGUCCAUUCUGCCUGACAUGGUGAAAGCUGCUCUCUGCCUGCCAAGUAUUUGCACACAGCCAAUACCGCUCCUGAAGCAGAAGAUGAAUCAUUCCAUCACAAUGUCACAGGAACAGAUUGCCAGUCUUUUAGCUAAUGCGUUCUUCUGCACGUUUCCCCGGCGGAAUGCUAAGAUGAAGUCAGAAUAUUCUAGUUACCCUGACAUUAACUUCAAUCGACUGUUUGAAGGACGUUCAUCAAGGAAACCAGAAAAGCUUAAAACACUGUUCUGCUACUUUCGAAGAGUCACAGAGAAAAAACCUACUGGGUUGGUGACAUUUACAAGACAGAGUCUUGAAGAUUUUCCAGAAUGGGAAAGGUGUGAAAAACCCCUGACACGGCUGCAUGUCACUUAUGAAGGCACCAUAGAAAGCAGUGGCCAGGGCAUGCUGCAGGUGGAUUUUGCAAACCGUUUUGUUGGAGGUGGUGUAACCAGUGCAGGACUUGUACAAGAAGAAAUCCGCUUUUUAAUCAACCCUGAGUUGAUUGUUGCACGGCUGUUCACUGAGGUGCUGGAUCACAAUGAAUGUCUUAUUAUCACAGGUACUGAACAGUACAGUGAAUACAUUGGCUAUGCUGAAACAUACCGUUGGGCUCGCAGCCAUGAAGAUGAGAGUGAAAGGGACGACUGGCAGCGCCGCUGCACUGAAAUCGUUGCCAUCGACGCACUUCACUUCAGACGCUACCUCGAUCAGUUUGUGCCUGAGAAAAUGAGACGCGAGCUUAACAAGGCUUACUGUGGAUUCCUCCGCCCUGGCGUUCCUUCAGAGAGCCUCUCAGCAGUGGCCACAGGAAACUGGGGCUGCGGUGCCUUUGGGGGUGAUGCUAGAUUAAAAGCCUUAAUACAGAUCCUAGCAGCUGCUGCAGCUGAGCGAGAUGUAGCUUAUUUUACCUUCGGGGACUCAGAAUUGAUGCGAGAUAUUUACAGCAUGCACACUUUCCUCACUGAGAGGAAACUGACUGUUGGAGAAAUAUAUAAGCUAUUGCUACGAUACUACAGUGAAGAAUGUAGAAACUGUUCCACCCCGGGGCCGGAUAUCAAGCUUUACCCCUUCAUAUACCACGCUGUUGAGUCCUGUGCAGAGACUGCCGAUCAGCCAGGACAGAGGACAGGGACCUGAGGGGCUGAGUGACCUAUGCGCCUCCCAAUGCUCCGAGACUUCCUGUUUAAAUAGUCAGGUGUAGCGUGUGAACUGACUUAAGUUAAUACAAAUGUGAAUAUAAUCCAUAUUUGUAGUCAAAGAUGCAAUCCCAUCUACGCAUAUGCAAUGAAUGAUUACCUGGGCCACCUCCAUCAUGAUUUAUAUAAGGUUAGUCGUGUUCUUCCCAUUUUUUUUUUCUUUCAGUUUUUUGUGGUCUUUUUUUUUCUUUUGCCUAUCAGCUUUCUUGUGAAACCCUGUAAAAGGUGCUCAGCUACCAGAUCUUUCUUCAUGCCUAUAUAUUAUACUGAUUGCUUCUGCAGUUAGCAAAUGCCAGUGAACCCAGGAAGAAGCUGAAAUCCAAGUGUCUCUGUUGUGCGUUUUGCAGCAAGGCUCCCUGUGGGCCUCUCACCUCCAUUUCUUGUUCAGGCUCAGUGUCGUUUGAUUGUUUGAAUUUCAAAAACUAAGAAUUAGAGUUAUUUCAUACACAUUGCAUAAUACAGAUAUCCUAGGUUAAAAUAGUUUUUUAUUUAUUUAAGACAGACUGAUUUCCAGACAUUACCUUGUGGCACCACUUUAUCUAUAAUGGUUUAUCCUGUUUCCCCUGAUCAAUUUUUAUUGGCAUUGGGCUGGGGAUUUAGCUCAGUGUCACAGCACCUGCCUGGCAAGCAUGAGGUCCUGAGUACCAAAAAAAAAUUUUUUUAUUGACAUUGUUUUUGGAAAUUGGCCAAGAUGAAAGAAAAUGCAGAGCAAAAUAGAGUUCUCAUAUAAAAAAAGAGAUGCAAGAGAGCUGAAGGAUUUUUUUGUUUCUUGAGACUUUUAAUUAGGAUCGGUUUCUGUGGUACUUGAGGUCUAUUCAUAUAACCAAAGUUUGGGAACUGAGAACUUCAUGCAGGUUUGUGCAUAUUGAAGUUUCUCUGGUAUUCAAAGGUUGUACAGUUAAUAAAUCUUGACCAGUAAAUAAAUUCUCAGAAGCUCCCACAUCACCUAUACUUCAUAUACAUAUAUAAGCAUUUGCUCUUUAACAGUGUCUGUCUGGGAGCUCAUGAAAUCUAAAUAAAACUGGAGUUGGGGGAAAUGAAUAGGUUUAGACUUUAUCAGGGCUCUUUAAAAUGUGUUUGCACACUUACGUUCAUUUAAAACUGACAACAAACAUAAGUAGUAAUGUCUCUGGAAGGUUAAACUGAACAUCAAAGCCAGUCAUCAAAGCACUUACUUAGAUUUCCCAAAUAGUCCAAAGCUACACUGUUGAAAUUCUUGUUCACAGUCAGCUGUCAGGAAAAGCCAGUGGAGGUCAGAUCCUGCAGCACUGGCAAGAAGAAAACGGGCCCUGGGCCGAUGUCUGUAACCCUUGAUGUUCGUAUAGGGAUUGAGAGGAUAAUGGGAUUUGGCAUCUGAAGGCAUCCACUUGUCAUUGACAGAGCUCUUACCAUAGUAGCUAAGAUUUUAAUCAUCUCCCAAAUUUAGAGGAAUCUGGCUUUAUUUCUGCUGAUACUAAAAUCUCUUCCCUGGUUAUUAUACUCAUUUCCUCGUUUCUCCAUCCGUGUACUCAACCCUGCUGGUCAAUCCCAAGACUAAGUGAACUGUGUUUCCUGAGCAGGGCCAGCUGGUUCCUAUGUAGAGAAACCAUAGGUCCAGGUUAGGUACCACCCAGCCCCUAUUCCCAGGCCAGAAAGCCGAGCCCCAGGUCCUGGUGUUGUGUCAUGUACCAGCUGCCUCUUCCUGUAGAAACUCUUACUAGCUCUUUGUCCCAAUGUGUCCUAGCACUGGGCAGCCUAAUCAGAUGGAGCAUGAAGAGCACUCUUGUCCAGUUCUUGAGAAGGGAGGAUAGGGGAGAGAAUGCUAUUAUUUUCUCCUAACAGCCCUCUGCAAAAUAAUAAUAAUAAUAGUAAUAAUAAUAAAUUAGAAUUCCUGUUGUGAGAUAUUUAACAGCACUUUUUUGUUCUCUUCCAUGUAGGGCUUAUUGUUUUAUUUCAUAUUGUUUACUCCUUGCUUUUUUUAAUCUACCAAGUUUAGAAAUCUUAGAUUUUUUGUUCUUUAAUCUGCCAAGUUUAGAAACGUAGAUUUUUGUUGUUGUUGUGCUUUUGUUUUUUGUUUUUGUGAUGCUGAGGAUUGAGCCAAGGGCCUCAGCACCUAUUCAACAAGCUGUCUACAGCUGAGCAGUACCCUAGACCUUUUUAUUUUGACAUAAGAUCUCACAAAGUUUCCUACACUGACCUCCAACUUGCAGUCCUCCUGUCUCAUCCUCCCAAGUAGUUAGGAUUGCAGGUGUGUGCCACCACUCCUAGCUGCAAAUCUUAAGUUUUUAAUGAAGCUUAUUUUCAGUUUCUGUCCAGCUCACUCAGAAGUACAGUAACAAAGAAAGAGCAGUGUUCAGUAAUGCAAAAAGCAUGAGGUUUCUAAAUCAGGCAGAUUAGGUCCAAAUGCUGCACAUCCCUAGUUAAUAUUUUAACCUUAUCUAAAUAAAGUGGAUCUUUAACUUAAGCAGCUAAAAAACAGACUAAUAGCACCUACUAGAAAAUAAAACAUGAAACAGUCUGGCAUACAGUUGGUGUUAAGUAAAUGUGAAAGUUAUCAUUGACCCAGGAGGAUUUAUGGGACACCUACUGUAUAUUAGCUGCUGUAUUGUUUGCUCUGCAUUGUUUUUUUUUCUUUUCUUUUCUUUUCUUUUCUUUUUUUAAUGGUAACAAAGCUUUAUUAAAGGUAGAAAAAGAAACAGGCUCUGUAGAGUGAGUUUGGGCAAGUAAAAGUAGGAAAAGAAGUAUUAUACAUCCUGCAAUAACAGGGAAGGCCAUCCAUCCAAGAGAGAACACAAUAACCUGCUCCAGGUUAUUUUGGUCCACUUUUCCAGUGAACUAACAGAUGCCCAGAGAAUAUCUGGGACAGAAUACCAGCCUGACCUCUAGAAUUUCAUUAUGAAAGGAUCGGUAUCAGUAGAAAUCAAUAGAACAAAGGCCCUGACUCCCUUGUUCUCUACCAUGUUCCUGGUACAGAUUAAGUAUCCCUUAUCUGAAAUACUUGGAGUGAAAAAAAGAAAAGAAAAAAAAAAUGAAAUAUUCGGAGUGAGAUUUUUGGAUGUCAGAUUUUUUAUUAUUUGCCUCUAUAUGUAUAAUGAGAUAUCUUGGGUGUGACUUAAGUCUGAACAGAAAGUUCAUUUAUGUUUAUAUGCUUUAUUCACAUAGCCAAAGGUAAUUUUACAUAGUAUUUUUAGUGUGCUUGCAUUCUAUCCAGGGCUUAUCACCUGAGGUCAUAUGUGGGAUUUCCUACUUGAGGCAUCAAGUCAGUGCUCAAAAAGUUUCAGAAUUCAGAGAAUUUCGGAGUGUUGGAAUUGCAGAUGAUGGAUGUUUAACCUCUGUAGUAAUUCUUCAUUUUGAGUUAUCAGGGGGUACAUCUAGUCAUCCCUGAGAAAGGUGCCUCUGUUCUCACUGGCUGCUGUGAUAUUUAGGGCAGGCAAAACCAGCUGGAACUUGAAAGGGAGCAGUCCUCAAGCCUUGUGACUAUUCUGCCAGGUGCUUCACUUGACUACAUACUGUUCUGGAAACCAAAUUUCAGCUAAGCUCUUCUACUCCAGAACAUACUGGAGCAAAGAGUUGAUUGGUUCACUUUCUCAAAAACAUCUUCAGCAGGAAAGGAGGCAGCUAUGUAAUUCUCACGUUUGUUCUCCAGUCAUUGUGGCUGCAUGUUCCUGUUUUUUCCUGAUGCGAGGAAGACAUGCAUCUAGUAUGUCUUCUUAAAGAAAAGUAAAGAAUGGGAGGACCUGUGCUUGCUUGUCUCAAGCCUGUGGAUGUGGGCCAUUCUUUUACAAGGAGGGAAAGUUCCAGCCACUGCAGGAACAGCUCAGCAUACUAACCCUUCACUUUUUGGAGAAAAGAGGCAUCUCUAUGAUGUGUGCUAGCAUAAGCUGCUAAGAUCCACUUUUCUCUGUCAUCAAGUCCCUUCUUACCAGAUGUCACAUGGAUCUACUGAGCCUUUGUGUGGACGGCUUCCCAACCAAGACAGCAAAACUGCAUAUGUUUAUCUGGUAACUCAUUUUAUUUCUCCUGUUUAUUUUAAAUGUAAAGUUAAUUUGUCAUGAUGAUUCUGGAAUUGGGGAUAAGGUGAGAUCUGUGCUGAUGUUUACAUGAUUUUUGUAAGAAGACAAUAAAGAAAUUCUGAUCCCCUUGUA